AGUAUCUUGCAACCUAUUGACCGCACCAGUGCGUCAGGGGGGAAUGGCAUUCCCAAACAUAAAGUCCUAUUACCAGGCUGCAGUAAUUGCUCCCCUAUUGACACACCUGGAGAGGGAUAACAGACCACAAUGGGUAACUUUAGAAAACCUAGCUAUCAAACCCUUUCUUACCGCUAACCUGAUAUGGCUGCACAAACGGAGCAGACCAAAACCCACCUCCAUACCUGCACAAGUACAUCUAGCGUUGCAAUUUUGGGAUCUACACAGAAAGAAAUUCGAGACAGCUAAACCACUCUCAAUGGCAACACCCAUAGAGGCCAUGACAUACUACAUCCCAACAUUUCACGCAUCACCGUGGAAGGAGAGGGGAAUCUCACACCUAGCUCAGGUUUAUGAGUCGGGCAAACUACUGAGUUUUGAGUGCCUCCAUGCAACUCACAACUUGCCACACACAUCACAAUAUUCAUACAUUCAACUUAAAUCCUUUUUGCGGGCAGCUCAUAGAGAUUGUAUAACAGAGACUAACCACACUGAAGAGCUUUCGAUAUGGGAACAAACAAGCCUCACAUGCAAAAUCCCCCUAACCUUCAAACCACUCUCUGGAUGCUAUAGGCUUAUCCUGCCGUGCCAGCACAUAUCUGGCUUUACGUCAGCGAGCCAAUGGGAACUGGAUCUUCAAACCUCCUUCACUGAGGGUCGGUGGUCCA